CCGCGUUCACCUCCAGCCCUGGUCAUCGCCCCCCUCUUGGCCGCCCCCGAUCCCUGGACCGGCUCCUCCUCCUAGAUCGUUGCUCGACGGCCCCGGGGCACAGCGAGGGCUGAGGCGCCUCCGGUAAGACGGUCGCGAUGGCGGUCAUGACCUCCGUCCCCACGAGCAGCGUGGGCCCGACGGCGAGGUUGGGAUGGCUGGUCUCGAGAGCGAACAUCCCGUCCUUCAUCAACAUGAUCGUCGCUGUCGCUGCGCAGGUGAUCUCGGCGGCGACGCCAUCCAGAGCGACCCUCUCCGCCGCUGCGGCUGUGGCUGUGUUCAACCCCUGGCCCGCGGUCAUCAGCGCUGCUGCCGUGAGAAGAGCCAGACGCCGCGCUGUAGAAAACAGUCGUGUCGUUUGUGCCAGAAUCGUGGUUACAAUACGGGAAUCAGGGCAAACCCGUCUAUGCGAGAGCAGAGGGCACAUGAGCAAAUGGGAACGGAUGCUUGAGCCAAAAUGACU